UAACUUCUUGCACACAUCACAAAAGGCUGGUCUAAGAAUAGUCAUUUUUUUUUCUUAAAAGAUAUAUUUAUUAACAUUUUCUAGUGCUAGAAGACAGUUAUACCAUUACUGUACUUUACAGUUUCUAAGUGCCUAACAUUCAGUAAAGCCAAGUUGCCAUAAGCAUUAUUCAGUUUGCCACUUUCCCCAAGGCUGUGGAUCUUGCAGAAAUUCAUGGUAACUUCAGCUGCUACAGUCUCAAAGAUUGAGUUCACUAAUCACAAGGGUGGAAUGAAAUGGACAAUGGCGUUAAGUAAACUGCAGUGUUUUCACUGGCACUGUUUACCCAUGUGGGAGCAAGCUUGCAUAGGUUAACUUCAUGUCAGAACAUACCUAAUGCAUACCAAGACAGUAUCUCAGGUGCACUGCUUUGACAUCACAAUCAACAAGCAUUUAAGUGUCUACUAUGUGUCAAGCACUGUGAACAAUCUGGGAACACAAGAUUUCGGGUCCCAACUUUUUACCUCGGCUUUAGAUUUUCUCUCAUCUAAGAACUCUCAGCCUGUCUCCCAGAAGUUUUAUUAACCAUAAUUGUGGAAGUCAUCUAGCUGUAAGGGCAAAGAAUGAGCUAUCUUGGGAAGGGUAAAAAUACCUACCAUGGAACAUCCACCAAUAGAUGAAGAAUAUGAUUGUUUUUAUACUGUACUACCUUCACUGGAAGGCAAUGUAAAACAAAGAAAAAGUCAACUGAAAAGUAUUAAGAGAUUGGAAUCAUCCUCUUUGGGACAGUUUGCACUGCAAAAUCAAAUUCACAUAAAGAUUUGGUAUUGUUGAAAAACAACGGUAGAAGAGCAAUGUCAUCUAAUGAGCAAGAGAAGCUUUUAUCUUACAAUGGGGAAGUCCUUAUUUUUCAGCUGUCACAAGAAGAGUUGGCAAAAGAAGGGACAGCAAAAACAUCCAAAUUGCAUGUGAGAAGAAUGACAUUUAAUAGAAGCACAAGAGCAUUUAUUCAGAAGUCCACUGGUAUAUUUAGCAUGCAUGGAAAACCCUCAAGUUUUGAAAUGAUUUGUUGCAGCUGUGCAGCAGACUUCAGAACAGGGAUUAAUCUCCCUUGUGUUUUGAUAAGAAACCAAAAGAAAAGUGUUUUCAAAUAUUUUUUAUUGUUACUUCACAGUUCUAAUGAAUUUGAACAGCGAAUGAAUUUUACAUUACACUAUGAGAUGAAGGAUGACAUAAUGAUACUUAAUGGCCCGUCAAUCUUGUGGAGACACAGCAGAAUGUCCUUUUAUAUUUCUUCCCAAAAUGACACAAUUAUCAGUGCUCCAGUUAAAUUUUCUUCCAUCAAGUGGGCAGGGGAGGUUGAAAAUCUAGGUACUAUUUUAUUUGGAGUAGGAGAACCUCUUUCCACUAAGACAGAAAGUAGCCCAGGGUCUUCAAAGUCAGAUUAUGCCGUUUGGGGUACUGAAUUUUAUGCAUAUUGUAUUGAAGAUCAAAAAAUAUUAAGUGGUGCAUAUUUUUUGCCUCAUGCUUAUGGAAGUGUGGUAACUUGUAUACAUAUUUGUGCAACUAAAGAAGUAAAUACUGAGUUAAGAACUUCGCUAAUCGCUCUGACUGAAAAGAAUCAACUUAUUUGGUUUCAAGAUGGUGUCCCUAAAAGUCUAUGCCAGCUUCCAUUUCAGGAUCCCUGUGCAUUACAAGUUAUGGCUUCAGAUGGUGGAGACUUACUCUGUAUUGUAUCAUUUAGGUCUGGUGAUGUUUGUGCCAUCUGGAAAAAAAGCUUUCAGGUUGCAUCCAAGUGGCAAAAAAUUAAAUCAGUCCUGGUAGAUGACUUUAUUGGCAGUGGAACUGAACAAUUGUUGCUAGUUUUUAAGGAUACAUUCGGUACAAAUUGUCUGACUUCAUUCAAGAUAACAGAUCUUGGUAAUGUGAACUAUUCGAAUGAUGCUUUUGAUCCCAUGGAAAAUGACUUCUUUGAAGACAGCCUGCAAGAGAAUUAUUCUCUUACAGUACAGGCUCUGGAAAGAAGAUUGCAAUUUGGUUUGGCAUCUAUUCAAGAAUUGCAGAAGCAUCUCCUACUUAAGGAACGGAUUCUUUCAAAAUCUUGCAAAGCUUUAGUAGGCCUUGUUCAAGGAAAAGAAUAUAUUCCACCAUAUGAAGAGAAGGAUGUUCUUGUUUCUCUCUGUGGUGAUAAAAAACACCUUCCCCAUUCCUUGAAUGAAAAGCUAUCAGACACAUCUCAUGAUUCAAAACCUAUAGUAGAGAAGAUGUGGUAUCGUGUUCUGGGUGACCACUUGGUUGUUGGAGCAGAAAUCAAGAAUUCUUUUAUAUUACUACUAAAUGAUGUGACUUUAUCAUUGUUAAUGGAUCAAGCCUAUACUUCCAACUCUCCACUUAUUCAGUGUAAAAACAGUGUGAUCAAGUUGGAUAAGGUGUCUUUCUCUACAACACUCUCAUCUCCAUGUGAAACUGAAUCAGCAGCAAAAAGAAUUAAAUUGACCCUUCAUAAUGAGGAAGGAAAAAACAAUUUUAAUGAACAGUCAUCUGAGACUAACUGCAUCCAGGUAUUUACAGCUGUUACAACUCUUUCACCACUUUUGGCAUUCCAUAAUUUUUGUUGUAUUGUAAUGCUGCAUGCCAGAUGGGGAGAAAACAGUGGCCAAUUUGGAGAAAGCUGUACUGUGCCUUGUGGGAGACUUUCUUUAAGUACAGAAGAUAUUUCCAGUGGAAAAUAUUCAGUAACCUUACCAGAGAAGAAUAAACCUUUGAAAGAACCUAUGGAAGAUCUCUUUGCACUUCUUGCAGUAUUUCACAAAUUUUGUUUUCAAAUAACAUCACCUGAUUGUACAUUGACUUCAGUGAAAACGUGGCUUCUUGGACACAUGGAAUGUGAAACAGUCAAAGGAUUUCCAGAUAGCUUCCUUUGUAAAAGUCUAGGGGCUUUGCAUGGGACAUUCUUCAACUGGAAACAAAAAACACCCUUUGAAGGAAUUUUAACAGUCUAUUGCAGGAAUCAAACAGUUUUGUUCCAGUGCCUUCAUAAUCUCACCCAAGUUCUCCCUGUGAACUGUGUGAUAAAACAACUAAAAUCAGGAAGCAAGAAAUUCCUUACUAACCAGUUGGCACUGUUUCUAGAAAAGGAAAUUGUUACCCUUAAGAAUUUUUUUUCUUCAGCUGUAUCUGAAGUUGAAAGCAACUUGGCACAAAAGUGUGAAAUCAAGAAAAACAGCAGCAGCAGCAGCAUGCUAAAGGCUUCCUCAUUGGGCACAGAGGAAGCAGUACGGCAAAUCAGAGAAGAGCUUCAGCAAGAAAAGGAACAAAUCACGUGGGGCAUGAACCUAACACUGAGCAGUACUAUUUACAGAGAAAUUAGUUUGAAAGUAGCAGGGAUUCAGCUGAAAUCAGACUUAGCUGCUGAGAAAUUGAAUAAUUAUUAAGUGUUAUAAGCUUAAAUGUUUAUUUAACUGCCACCAUAAUUUGGGUUCUGUAUGUUUUCAUUACAUCAUUGUGGGUGAUCCCUUUGGAAAAAUAAAGACAAAUUUUUUCAUCCA